ACAGGUGUUACUUUUAGUGUGAAGGAAUUUUUUGCGGGUUCGACAAAAAAAGAGUUGGCAGCACUUAGUUUCAUUUGUCAGUUGUCACUUCUCAGGGGAAUGAAUGACCAAAGAAUGUUUGUUUCGUAGUUUACAGCGUGUGUGAAGUUUAUCAUAUAUCUUACAUUUCUUUGCCUAAUAUUAUGAAAUUAGAAUAGUUUUCAUAGUAAUUUAUUAAAACAACUUCAGUGUAAACCCUAGAUGUUGCAAAAAUGUGGACAACAAAGACGUUUUUAACCAAAACAAAGCGCGGAAACAUAAUAAAAAUUGUGAGGGAACAUUACUUGCGGGAUGAUUUACUGUGUGGUUCUGCCGCUUGCAACGCUUGCCCUCAUAAAGAUGAUGAAUUAGUUUUGGAGGCUGAACCAACAUCCAUCUGUGCAUUAUUUGACUACCCACACUAUUUGAUAUUGGACACAAAUGUAGUUCUACAUCAAAUUGACAUUCUUGAAGAAGAUGCAUUGAAAAAUGUUAUAAUUCUGCAAACGGUAUUGGAGGAAGUGAAACACAGGAAUACAGCAGUGUUUCAGAGAUUGUUAGAAAUAAUAAGCAAUAAGAGUAGGAAGUUUUAUUCAUUUGUCAAUGAACACCAUAAAGACACUUACAUUGAACGAAAUCCUGGCGAGAAACAGAAUGAUAGAAACGACAGGGCUAUUCGGCGGGCUUCCGCAUGGUAUGAGGCCCACUUGAGUAUAAACAGUGUUGUUGGACAGUCUCCGAGGAUAGUGUUGCUGACAGAUGAUGAAAAAAACAGAAAUAUUGCUCAAGAUGAAGGCAUUGUCUGUUGCAAUGUCAAAGAUUAUAUAGAAAAUGUAUCAGGGUUUGUUGGACUCAGUGAUAAGUUAUCAAAGAAUGUUAUACCGGAAAGUUGUUCAAAGGACGCUCUGUACCCUGCCCACUUGACACCCACACAAGUACAUGAAGGUAUAAGGAACGGCAAGCUUUAUCAAGGUACAUUUCAUGCGUCCCGUGAUAAUUUCUUGGAGGGCACUGCAAACAUCAAUGGAUUUGAUAAGCCUAUCCUACUACAAGGGCACAUAGGUAUCAAUAGAGCUGUAGAUGGUGAUGUAGUUGCCAUUGAACUUCUACCAGAAGAAGAAUGGCGUAGGCCUAGUGACAUUGUUUUAGAAGACAAGGCUGAUGACCCUGGAGAUUUUUUGGAGGAGGAGACCCUUCUUUUAAACUCGGUGAAAGCUGAUAAGGCGAAGGAAGAAAUCACUCCCACAGGGAAAGUGGUUGGCAUUAUUAGAAGGAAAUGGAGGCAAUAUUGCGGUAUUUUGAUGCCGAGCCGGCUACCUGGCGCGACGCGUCACCUGUUCACGCCGGCGGAGAAGCGCAUCCCGCGCGUGCGCAUCGAGACGCGGCAGAGCGACGCGCUCGCGGCGCAGCGCAUCCUCGUCGCGCUCGACUCGUGGCCGCGCAACAGCCGCUACCCGCUCGGACACUUCGUGCGCGCGCUCGGACCCAUAGGUGACAAGAACGCGGAGAAUGAAGUUAUCCUUCUAGAACAUGACGUACCUCAUGCGCGAUUCAGCGAAGCUGUGCUGUCUUGUCUGCCUCCAGAUAACUGGACGAUACCCGAAGAGGAAAUAAAAAAACGAGUAGAUCUCCGUUCGAUCGUCGUGUGUUCCGUGGACCCGCCCGGCUGCACGGACAUCGACGACGCGCUGCACGCGCGCGCGCUGGCGGGCGCGACGCGCGACGGGCUCAAGCGGUUCGAGGUGGGCGUGCACAUCGCGGACGUCACGUACUUCGUGCGCCCCGACACGCCGCUCGACAAGGAGGCCGCGGCCAGGUCCACCACCGUGUACCUGGUGGAUCGAAGGAUCGAUAUGGUUCCAGAUCUGUUGAGUUCGAACUUGUGCUCGUUGCGCGGCGGUGAAGAGAGACUUGCUUUCUCCUGCGUGUGGGAGAUUGAUGAAAAUGCUAAUAUUUUGGCCACGAGGUUUCACAAGAGCGUCAUAAAGUCAGCUGCGGCGAUGACGUACGAGGAGGCGCAGCUCGCGAUCGACGACUCGUCCCGCGCGGACGCGGUGGCAACGUCCCUGCGCACGCUCAGCGCACUCGCCAAGCAACUCAAGCGCAAGCGACUCGACCAGGGCGCCCUGCUCCUCGCCUCGCCUGAGAUCAGGUUCCAGGUGGAUUCCGAAACGCAUGACCCCAUAGAAGUGCAGGCGAAGAAACUGGUGGACACGAACUCGAUGGUGGAAGAGUUCAUGUUGCUGGCCAACAUCAGCGUGGCGGAGAAGUUGCUGCAGGACUUCCCGCAGUGUGCACUCCUGAGGAGGCAUCCUGCCCCCCCUCCUGCGAACUUCGACACCUUCCUCAAAGCGGCUAGGCAACAGGGCUUCGAGAUAGACGUGUCAACGAACAAAGCAUUCUCCAAAUCCCUGGACGAAGCCGUAAUUCCGGGCCGUCCGUACUUCAACACGUUGCUGCGCAUAAUGGCGACGCGGUGCAUGCAGCAAGCGGUGUACUUCGUCAGCGGCUCCGUCUCACAAGACGAGUAUUACCACUACGGGCUCGCGUGUCCUAUAUACACGCAUUUCACUUCGCCUAUACGUAGGUACGCGGACGUGAUGGUGCACCGCCUGCUGGCGGCGGCGCUUGGCUGCGACUCCACGCACGCCGCGCUCGUCGACGCGCGCCGCGGGGAGGCGCAGUGCGACGCGCUCAACUACCGCCACCGCCAGGCGCAGCACGCCGGCCGCGCCUCCGUCGCGCUCAACACGCACGUGAGUACACGCACUGAGGACGCACCACCCGACACACUCACUAGUGGAAACAACUACCGCCACCGCCAGGCGCAGCACGCCGGCCGCGCCUCCGUCGCGCUCAACACGCACGUGAGUACACGCACUGAGGACGCACCACCCGACACACUCACUAGUGGAAACAACUACCGCCACCGCCAGGCGCAGCACGCCGGCCGCGCCUCCGUCGCGCUCAACACGCACGUGAGUACACGCACUGAGGACGCACCACCCGACACACUCACUAGUGGAAACAACUACCGCCACCGCCAGGCGCAGCACGCCGGCCGCGCCUCCGUCGCGCUCAACACGCACGUGAGUACACGCACUGAGGACGCACCACCCGACACACUCACUAGUGGAAACAACUACCGCCACCGCCAGGCGCAGCACGCCGGCCGCGCCUCCGUCGCGCUCAACACGCACGUGAGUACACGCACUGAGGACGCACCACCCGACACACUCACUAGUGGAAACAACUACCGCCACCGCCAGGCGCAGCACGCCGGCCGCGCCUCCGUCGCGCUCAACACGCACGUGAGUACACGCACUGAGGACGCACCACCCGACACACUCACUAGUGGAAACAACUACCGCCACCGCCAGGCGCAGCACGCCGGCCGCGCCUCCGUCGCGCUCAACACGCACGUGAGUACACGCACUGAGGACGCACCACCCGACACACUCACUAGUGGAAACAACUACCGCCACCGCCAGGCGCAGCACGCCGGCCGCGCCUCCGUCGCGCUCAACACGCACGUGAGUACACGCACUGAGGACGCACCACCCGACACACUCACUAGUGGAAACAACUACCGCCACCGCCAGGCGCAGCACGCCGGCCGCGCCUCCGUCGCGCUCAACACGCACGUGAGUACACGCACUGAGGACGCACCACCCGACACACUCACUAGUGGAAACAACUACCGCCACCGCCAGGCGCAGCACGCCGGCCGCGCCUCCGUCGCGCUCAACACGCACGUGAGUACACGCACUGAGGACGCACCACCCGACACACUCACUAGUGGAAACAACUACCGCCACCGCCAGGCGCAGCACGCCGGCCGCGCCUCCGUCGCGCUCAACACGCACGUGAGUACACGCACUGAGGACGCACCACCCGACACACUCACUAGUGGAAACAACUACCGCCACCGCCAGGCGCAGCACGCCGGCCGCGCCUCCGUCGCGCUCAACACGCACGUGAGUACACGCACUGAGGACGCACCACCCGACACACUCACUAGUGGAAACAACUACCGCCACCGCCAGGCGCAGCACGCCGGCCGCGCCUCCGUCGCGCUCAACACGCACGUGAGUACACGCACUGAGGACGCACCACCCGACACACUCACUAGUGGAAACAACUACCGCCACCGCCAGGCGCAGCACGCCGGCCGCGCCUCCGUCGCGCUCAACACGCACGUGAGUACACGCACUGAGGACGCACCACCCGACACACUCACUAGUGGAAACAACUACCGCCACCGCCAGGCGCAGCACGCCGGCCGCGCCUCCGUCGCGCUCAACACGCACGUGAGUACACGCACUGAGGACGCACCACCCGACACACUCACUAGUGGAAACAACUACCGCCACCGCCAGGCGCAGCACGCCGGCCGCGCCUCCGUCGCGCUCAACACGCACGUGAGUACACGCACUGAGGACGCACCACCCGACACACUCACUAGUGGAAACAACUACCGCCACCGCCAGGCGCAGCACGCCGGCCGCGCCUCCGUCGCGCUCAACACGCACGUGAGUACACGCACUGAGGACGCACCACCCGACACACUCACUAGUGGAAACAACUACCGCCACCGCCAGGCGCAGCACGCCGGCCGCGCCUCCGUCGCGCUCAACACGCACGUGAGUACACGCACUGAGGACGCACCACCCGACACACUCACUAGUGGAAACAACUACCGCCACCGCCAGGCGCAGCACGCCGGCCGCGCCUCCGUCGCGCUCAACACGCACGUGAGUACACGCACUGAGGACGCACCACCCGACACACUCACUAGUGGAAACAACUACCGCCACCGCCAGGCGCAGCACGCCGGCCGCGCCUCCGUCGCGCUCAACACGCACGUGAGUACACGCACUGAGGACGCACCACCCGACACACUCACUAGUGGAAACAACUACCGCCACCGCCAGGCGCAGCACGCCGGCCGCGCCUCCGUCGCGCUCAACACGCACGUGAGUACACGCACUGAGGACGCACCACCCGACACACUCACUAGUGGAAACAACUACCGCCACCGCCAGGCGCAGCACGCCGGCCGCGCCUCCGUCGCGCUCAACACGCACGUGAGUACACGCACUGAGGACGCACCACCCGACACACUCACUAGUGGAAACAACUACCGCCACCGCCAGGCGCAACACGCCGGCCGCGCCUCCGUCGCGCUCAACACGCACGUGAGUACACGCACUGAGGACGCACCACCCGACACACUCACUAGUGGAAACAACUACCGCCACCGCCAGGCGCAGCACGCCGGCCGCGCCUCCGUCGCGCUCAACACGCACGUGAGUACACGCACUGAGGACGCACCACCCGACACACUCACUAGUGGAAACAACUACCGCCACCGCCAGGCGCAGCACGCCGGCCGCGCCUCCGUCGCGCUCAACACGCACGUGAGUACACGCACUGAGGACGCACCACCCGACACACUCACUAGUGGAAACAACUACCGCCACCGCCAGGCAGCACGCCGGCCGCGCCUCCGUCGCGCUCAACACGCGCAGCACGCCGGCCGCGCCUCCGUCGCGCUCAACACGCACGUGAGUACACGCACUGAGGACGCACCACCCGACACACUCACUAGUGGAAACAACUACCGCCACCGCCAGGCGCAGCACGCCGGCCGCGCCUCCGUCGCGCUCAACACGCACGUGAGUACACGCACUGAGGACGCACCACCCGACACACUCACUAGUGGAAACAACUACCGCCACCGCCAGGCGCAGCACGCCGGCCGCGCCUCCGUCGCGCUCAACACGCACGUGAGUACACGCACUGAGGACGCACCACCCGACACACUCACUAGUGGAAACAACUACCGCCACCGCCAGGCGCAGCACGCCGGCCGCGCCUCCGUCGCGCUCAACACGCACGCGCAGCACGCCGGCCGCGCCUCCGUCGCGCUCAACACGCACGUGAGUACACGCACUGAGGACGCACCACCCGACACACUCACUAGUGGAAACAACUACCGCCACCGCCAGGCGCAGCACGCCGGCCGCGCCUCCGUCGCGCUCAACACGCACGUGAGUACACGCACUGAGGACGCACCACCCGACACACUCACUAGUGGAAACAACUACCGCCACCGCCAGGCGCAGCACGCCGGCCGCGCCUCCGUCGCGCUCAACACGCACGUGAGUACACGCACUGAGGACGCACCACCCGACACACUCACUAGUGGAAACAACUACCGCCACCGCCAGGCGCAGAUCGCCGUCCGCGCCUCCGUCGCGCUCAACACGCACGUGAGUACACGCACUGAGGACGCACCACCCGACACACUCACUAGUGGAAACAACUACCGCCACCGCCAGGCGCAGCACGCCGGCCGCGCCUCCGUCGCGCUCAACACGCACCUAGUCACGUGGCACACACCGCAGAGAAGAUCCGAGAUGCCAGGCGAUACUCCGGUUGCCGUCCACGGGCGAUGCGGCAGGAUGAGGUGUGAGGAUCGGCGAGGUAGAGGUGAAAAUUAA